AUGGGCGAAACUGCCGCUCAGCUUAAUUCAGCACCACCGAACAUGGAACAGGGUAAAUUGGAAGAAGAUUGGGACUCAGAAUUUUCAAGUGUGUCACCAAGCGAAAUGACAACCGAUGAUAAGUCUUCGCUACCUUCUCCUUACACCAACCAAUCUACACCAUUUCGAGUCGCUGCUCAUAGUUCAACUUACGAAUCCUCAGAAUGUCCAGAAACAACCUCUUCCAUAGGUAUAGUCUGUGACUUUAUAGUCUAA